AUGAAUAAAGUUUAAAAUAAUUAAAAUAGGUAAGCCAAUUCAAUAAAAUAAAUUGUCAAAGCCAAUUAAAGAACUAUUCAAGAAGAACUUAAUUAGAUUUUAGAAUAAAAUAGAUAAAUCCUAUAAAAUACUUCUUCUAAUGAAUUUUUAAAAUUAUGGUUUGAAUUAAAUGCUGAAGAAAGAUCAAAAUUCAUACUGUCAGGAUAUCAUGAUUUAUCCAAUUUUGUUUAAUAAGAAUAAAAAUCUAAUUUAAAAAAUUUCAAUCAGAUUUUGAAAGCUGUCAACUUUUUUGAUGGAGUACCUUGGCACUAUAAAAUUACAAGUUAUUAUAAUUAAUACUUUAGAUAAAUUUACCUAAAAUGUUUGUAGCAUAAGCUAACAUUAUAUAAAAGUCUUGGCUUAUUUAAAAACAAUUCUUUAAGGCUAUUUUUCAAUUAGUAAUUAAGUGAUGAUUACAAAUGUUAUUGAUAUUGAGCAUUUAUCAAUCUUUUAAGCCUACUUUUAAACGUAAACAGAAGAAGGAUUUACAUUCUUUUGGGAAGUGGCAAUUGAUAAAGUUCCAAAAUUAAUUUGUCAAAAUAAGUCUAAUAUCAAGUAAAUUAUUGGAUUUCAUUUCUAUCAUACUAUUACAUUUAUUGAUAUAAAAUUUAUGAAAAUUCUUGAUAAAGAUGUUAAAUUAAUUAUCUAAAAUUAUCAUAAUGAAAUUAAAUGUUCUUAUAAUAGAAAAGGAAUUGAUUAUUAAACAAUAUAGGAAAUAUAAGAAUAAUAUGAAAAAGAAAUAUAUAAACAAUAAUUGUUUAUUAAGUCUACACAUAAUAAUAAUUCAUAUUGGGAAUUAAAUUAUAAUUUAAAGAACAAUGAUAUAGUAAAAUGGUUAAGUCAUAAUUUUUUACCUAUAUUUUUAAAUAAAUAAGAGUAAGCGACUUAUUAAUUUGAUGUAUCAAGUUAAAAGUGGAUUAAUAAAAUUGAUGACUAUAUUUAAUAAAGUGAAGAAAACAUGUUAUUCAAUAAGGAUUUAAUUUAAAGACUUGCUGAUUUUACAUCAUCAUCAUCAAAAUUAGUAGAUUUUUUAUUGAAAAUUCCUAAUUUCAGCAUAAAAUUAACUGAUCAAUAACAGUAAAUUAUUGGUUUAGAGGGGAAAAUUAUAUUUACUGGCAGAAGUGGCACAGGAAAAACUACAUGUUUGAUUCUAAGACUUUUAGCAAUGAAACAUAUUUUUAAACUUAGAUUAGAAAUGCAUAAAAGAAAAAAUCCUUCAAUUUAAAUUGAUAGCAUAUAAUUUUGUUGUCUAUUCAUUAGCAAUAAUAAUAUUCUAUCAAAUUAAGCAAAAAAUUACUAUAAAAAAUUGAAUGAUUAAGUUUAAGAAGAAUUGAAUAAAAAUAAAUUGAAAAGAAAUUAUUAAAAUUCAUAAAAUAUAUUUUAGACUUAAGAAGUUUAAAAAAAUAAUUAUAGACAAAAUUUACUAACUUAAGGAUCUUUAAAUGAAAUAAUUUAGUAAGAUUAUCCUUUAUUUUUAACAAUCUAAUAAUUUAUUUUUAUGAUUGAUUAAUGUUUAAAUAAACCAUUCUUUUCUUAAAAUCAAUCUUAAGAAAACUGUAGUCAUAACUAUUUUAUAGCAAGUAAAAAUAUCUAAGAUAUGUCUUUUUAAAUUUCUAAUCAAAACUAAAAAAGUAACCUAUUUAUGAAAUAAGAAAUAGAUUAAGAAAGUGAAAUUAAUUUUAUUGAUUUAAUUUAAUAAUAAUUAAACGAAAGGAAUAAUGAAGAAAAUAAAUUUGAAAAAUAAAACUUGAAGGAUGAAUUAUAAAAAUAGGUUAAUGAUUAAGAAAUAGAUUUUCCAUUUUUUCUAAGAAAUUUUUGGAUUAAGAAAUUUUCUAAUGUUGAUCUAAAUCCUCAUUUUGUUUGGACAUAUAUUUAUUCUCAUAUUAAAGGAGGCUCUAAUGCUCAUGAAUAUCCUGGACACUAUAUUCCUAAGAGCAUAUUUUUAAAUAUGAUUAAUAAUAAUCAUAAAGAGUUCAAUAUUUUAUAUGAUAUCUUUAUUUAAUAUGAAAAAUGGAGAAUAGAUUAAGGAUACCAUGAUUUAUUGGAUGUAGUUAAUCAUAUCUUAAUUUAACUCAAAUAAGAUUAAUUAUGUAUCCCACAAAUUCAUUAUUUAUUUAUUGAUGAGAUAUAAGAUUUACCUGAAGCUAUUAUACUAUUAUUUGAAAAAAUAGCACUUUUAGGAACAAUAUACAGUGGUGAUACAGCUUAGAACAUAUCUUAAGGAGUUGGAUUCAGAUUUUUAACUAUAUAAGAAUUAUCAUCAAAUAAUGAUAAGGUUAAUGAAAAUCAUUAUCAUUAAUCAGAUUAAAUUCUUAAAACUUUAGAUUAAAAUUUUAGAUCAAAUUCUAAAAUAUUGAAUUUAGCAAACUCAGUUGUUUCCUUAAUUUAAAUAUAUUUUCCAAAAACAAUUGAUAUUCUUAAGAAAGAAUCUUCCAAUUUUAUAGGUAAUAAGCCAAUUAUUAUUAAUGGAAAUUUAGAUUUAUUAUUUUAUUUAUUUGAAGGACUAGAUAACUCUAUAAUAAAUUAGGAAAUAUAAAAAUUACCAAUUUAAUUAGGAUUUAGUUCUGUCAUUAUUGUAAAAAAUUAGGAAUCUAAGAAAAAUGUACCUAAACUAUUAUAACAUAUAUUAAUUUUGUCAAUUAAUGAAGUGAAAGGCUUAGAGUUUGAGAAUGUUAUUCUUUAUAAUUUCUUUUCUGAUAGUAAUAUUAGAGAAUCUGAAUGGAAAUAAUUGUAAACUUGUGAGGUUAUAGAUGAGGAAAUGAAUAAAUAAUCAUUUUUAAAUAGUUUUACUAAAGAAUAAACAAUAGAUUAUUAUACUACCUAUUUUACUGGGUAUGAUGAUAAAGAUGGAAAUGUAUUAAUCAAAAGAAUGAUAUCUUAUAUUAAAUAUUAUGAUGAGUUUUCUUAUAGUAAAAGUGGUUUAUGCAAUGAAUUAAAAUAACUAUAUAUUGCAAUAACGAGAUCUAGGUCGUCUUUGUAUAUUUUUGAUGAAAAGCCAUAAGCAAGAAGAUGGAUAGAAUAAAUUUGGAAAAACCUUCAUUUAAUUGAAAUUUUUGACUAAUCAUUAUUUGAUCAUUAAAGAUUUUAAAAUAAUAUUUAGAUUAAAUCUAAAAUUUAAUGGAAUAAACAAGGUAAAAUUAUGUUUCAAAAACAAUUAUAUGAACAAGCAGAAAAGUGUUUUGAAUUCUCUGAAGACUAUUCAUACUUAAAAAAAGCCAAGGGUUUUAAAUUAGCCACUGAAGGUUGCUAACUAAUUUUAUCUUUUUAAUAAGCAAGUAAAAAAUAUUAAAAGUUAAAGGAUAAAAAUGAAAAAAUAAGUAAUUUAAAGUAACAGUAUUAAGCAAAAUUUAUAGAAGCUGCACAAUUGUUUUAAGAUACUCUAAAUUUGAGAUAAGCAGCAUAGUGUUUUUACUUUUGUGAAUAAUAUGAUUAAGCAUCAUAAAUAUAUGCUAGUCUUGAGCUAUUUUAAGAGGCAGGUGAAGCAGCUUAUAAAUCUGAAAAAUAUAUUGAAGCAGCUAAAUACUUUUUAAAAUGUUAAGAUAUUUAAAAUACUAUAAACUCAUAUGAAAAAGCAAAAGAAUUUGAGUAAAUCUUAUAAAUUCUUCAUUAAUAAAAGGAUAAAAUUAAUGAUUUUAUUAGAAAAUCCUUUUUAUAGAAAUAUUUUCCAUUUUUUUUAAAGAAAUUGACUAUUGAAAUUGAAAAUAAAUAACUAAAGAAUUAUUAAUAAAAUCCUGAAGAGGUAUUAGCAAAAAAAUUUAUUAUGUCCAAGAUAGAUAUAGACGAUGAUAGAAAUCUUAAUGAUUAUAGUAGCUCUAAAAAAUUAAACAAUCAAUCUGAAAGCUUUUCAUUUGAAUCAAUAAAAUAAUUUAAAGAAUAAAAGGAAAGUAUACCCGAUUUUGAAUCUUUUUAUAUUUAAUAGAAUAAUCUAUCUAAUUUUGAAGAGGAUUCUUUUAUUUAAUAUGAAUUAGAUUAAUAUUAUGAAUACCUUGAAGAAGAGGGGUUCCUAAAUAUAAAUUUAAUAGAAUAUUCCAUAAUUACUUCUUAAAGAGAAUCCAUAUUAAAAUCUGAUAUUUAAUGUAUCAAUUCUAAUUAAAAAAGUACUAAAAUUAAAGAUUCAGUAUUAAAAAAAUUAUUUAAAUACAUAGCAAUGUUUUCAAAUGAAUUUUCGAUACCUUUAUUAACAAAUUUUAAUUAUUAAGCAGAAUAAUAGUCAAAUUUUAAUAAGAUUCAUAUUGAAUAAUUAGAUAAUCCAGAUGAUUAACUAAUAGAUCUUAAUUCAAUAGAUUAAUCAUUAAUAUUUUAUGUAUUAGAUGUAUUAAAUCAAUUCAAAAAUUAUAAAUUAUGUAUUUUAAUUUGCAAUAGGUAUAAUUUAUACAAUCAUUUGAUAAAAUACUUAAGCAAAAUUUUUAUAUCAUUAUCUCCUUUAUUAUAAUAAUCAUUUGGAUUCAAUUCUUUUAAUAAAUAUAACUUGGAAUUUAGUGAAUUAUUAAUAAAAAAAGGAAAAGUAGCAUCAAUUACAUUUCAUUAAAUAUUUAAUAUGAUUGACUCUAAAUACUUAACCUUAAAAUUUAAUUAAAAUGAUUUGAUUCCUACCAAAUAUUUAGGUACUGAUUUUUAUACCUUAUUGAUUUUGCUUGGAUAUUGGAAUAAAAUUAUUUAUUAAUUAGAUUAUCAACAUUCAUUAUCAGUUUGCUCAUUAUUUAUGAACUUUAAAAGUUGGAAAUGCAUUUUUUGGAUAAAUGUUAUCUACUCACUUAACAAUUCAUUAUAAUCCAAUAAUAUCAUAGAUCCAUAAUAAUUAAAUUAAGUUUUAAUUAAAUUAUAAUAAGCAAAAUAGAAUUUAAAUAUAUGCUUAUAAAACAAAAACAUAUAAUUAGAAGAUUUCAAUUUUGAUUAGCCUUUAAUGAAAUUAGACAUAUAAUAUGCUAUUAUCUACUUAGAGUAAUAUUAUGAGUAAUAAAUAAUGUAAUUAAUUGCUAAUUAUAAAAUUCCUUAAUGGUUGUAUUUUCGAAAAUCUACUGUAAAUUAUAUUGAAAAAAUUGAAAUAAAUAAUAUAUAAACUCAUCAUAUCAUCUUUAAUUUGAGUGAAGAAUUUUUUAGGAGUGUUCUUACUGAAACUAAAUUAAAUAAUUAAAUUAUCAAUUAAUUGAUUUAAAAUUUGGAAUUUAAAAAUGCUAUUGUUGAUGAUUUAUAAUUAUUUUAAUCUGUUUAUUUGAUUUUAUUUUAUUGCUAAUAAAUUUUACAUAAUAAACCUUAUUAAUUAAUCAAUAGGAUAUAGGAUAUGAGUUGUAAAUAGUAUAAUAAAUUAAUAGAAUGUUUAAAUUCAAUUAUUAGAAUCUUUAAUACUAAUUAAGAUAAUUUUUAGAAGCAUCGCUCAAUAUUAAUAAGAAGUAUUUUAAGUUAUUUUAAAGUGAGACAGCCAGAUAAUAAUAAUUUACUCCAUCCAUUUAUUAAUUAAUUGAUUAUUCAUAAAUAGUCAAUUAUUCUUGAUGAAAUAGUAAAAUAAUAAGAUUCACAAGAUAAUUUAUUUAUUGUUGAUAUUGAUUUAAAUUUUGUUCUUGUACCUAGAGUGCUAAUAAUUUAAUCUAUAACUAAGAAAUUAUAUUAAGAAAUAUAAGAUUUAAAUGAUUUAAGAAAAAUGUGUUUGGAUGAUUUUAAUCCUAAACACUACAAUUCUUUUUAAGAUAAUUUUGAAAUCAUUUGUGAUCAUUAUAAUUUUGGAAUACAUACUUAAUAUUAUAAAAGUAUCUCUUAAUAAAAUAAGUAGAUUCAAUAAUAAAGGCUAAAUUUAGUUAGUGAUGGAAUUUAAAAACAUCAGAAAUUAUUAUUUACAAAAUCAACAAUCUAUAAAAACUAAGGAUUAUUAAAAUUAUUAUUAAAAAAUCCAUAUCUUUAAUGCAAUUCAGAAUACUUAUCUUUUUUUAUUAAUUAAGAAAGCUUAUAUAAAUUGAAAUAGUAAUAUCAAAACUCAUUAGAUUUCCAUAGCUAAAUGAUAAAAUCCAUAAUCUUACUAAAUUAUUCAAAUUGCAAUGAAUUUACUUAUCUUUUUAUAAAUAAUAAAAUUCUAUAAGGAUAUGGAAACUAAUAUGAUAAAUAUCUAGAUUUUCUUAAAUUUAUUUUAUAUAAAAAAUGGAAUAUGAUAGAUCAAGCAACAUUGGUUUUUUUUAAUUACAUAUCAGCAGCUAAGAAUGAGAUUACAGAGGAAGAACUAAUCUAUAAUUUAAUUUUUUUAUUUCUUCAUAAUAUUGUUGGAUUAAGUCUCAAUUUCAAGGAAAGAUGUCUAAUAUAUAUAUCAAGAUCAUAUACUAUUUAUUUCAAUCAUAUUAAUGAAAGAAAGGGAAACACUUAUUAUUCAUAAAUAAAUAUUCAUCCUAUUUAAAAUUAAGAUAAUCUUUAAAAGAUUAUUGAAUAAUUAAUAAAUAUAAGUAAAAUUAAUCCUACUUUAAAUUAAAAGAAAAUAUAAUAAUUAAUAUAUAUUUUGCUUAUAAAUUUAGAUGAGAUUUCUUAAGAAAUUAAAUAAUUGAUUUAUGAUAGAUUUUUAUAAAUUAAAGAAAAAUCAAAUGAAAAAGGAUUGUAUGAUCAAAUCAUCAUUCUAAUGAAUAAGCCUUUAUAGAUGAGAGUAUAAAUUUUAUAGAAAAAUGAAAAUACCUCUCUUUACCUAAAAAAUGAAGAGCUUUUUUGUAUAGAGUUUGAAAAAUAAAUAGAUAAGAACUUGCUACAAUAAGAUUCUUAAUAAUGGAUUCAAUUAAAUAAAAAAUAUGAACUUUUAAUGAAAUAAUCAAAAAGUAUUCUUAAAGCUUAUAGAGUUUAUAAAUAAUAAAACAUGACCUUCAACACUAUCCCAAAAUUUUCAUUUGGAGAAUAUCAUUUUACUAGCAAUUUUAAAGUAUCUCAAUUUAUAAAUAUCAUUAAUAUUUGUAUAAGCAUAAGAAGCAAAUUAGUUUAAAUAUUUUACUAAUCAAAGAAUCAAGAAGUAAAUGUCAUUUAUAAGAAUAUAAAUUAAUUAAAGUAAUUAUAGGAAAUAGAAAAUGAAUUUUAUAACUCAUAUCUAUGCUUUGAAUCUAAAAAUAUUUCUAAAAUUGAAUUUAUGUAAUAAUUCUCAUAUUAAAUGGAAAAAUGUUAGCAAAUUAUUAAAGAAUAUAGCCUUAACGUUUGUUUGAAUGAGGAUUUAAUAGAUAAUAAAUUUAAAAUAUAGGAUACAUUCAAAAAAUAAUAAAAACAGCAAUCAAAUUCUAAAUUAUGA